AACAUUCAGGGUGGGAAAAAUAAUAAAGUUAGCCUUAUCCAGAUAUACACGUUUAUGAUGAUUGUUUUUGAAAGGACAUCGAGCGCCUGGAGACGCAGGGACACUUUCCCUAAUAUCAGAGCGGCAGGGAAAGUUAUACCACAAGGAGACAGGGCACAGGCAUGUCUGCAGGAAAUAACCCCAAGGUCUGAGACGCCCCCGGUGGUUAGGAAGUUCCUCAACAGUACACAUCCGGAGCCAGGGAAAAUCCGUGCAUUCUUCGGGAAAGCAGAUGAUCCUGAUAUCGCCAGCACACUGGUGCAUGGAAUAAGCACGGGGUCGUCUAUCAAUGCUGGACCUGUGAUCAACCCGCCACCUAAGACCCGCUACCAAGAGAGGCUGCGAGAGCUUCGGGAGGCCACUUAUGGCGGCAGACAGAAAGCUCCAAUUGGACGGACCCAGGUUAUGGGUCCUGGGCUUCCAAAUGGUCUUGAUCCUGAAAAAACAACUUUUGGUGUUAAAUUACUUUAUUCUCUUAAGGCUGGUGAGAUCAUCAAUCCACCAAAAACAGCAGAGCAGGUUGAACAAGAAGCGCAGGAGGGACACGAGCAAUACAUCCGCUCACACAGUUCCUACUUUGUUGGUGAGCAUGUGAACAGGAAGUAUGACUUGAGAAGUUACAGGAAGGACAGUAGGUUUGGUGUGGCCACUCCACAUCGCAUUGAUGGACACAACACCAGAAAGUCUCUCCAAUGGCUCUGUGAUACACAAACGAACCACAGUGCAAAAUUUGUCUCGAAGCGAUGUGACGACUUCAGAGAGAGGACACAGCCGCAGACCGGCAAAGUGCAUGACCCAAUCGCAGACACCUUGCGGGUUCCGGCUGAUCACACUUUCGGAGCGUUGCUGCGUCCUGAUGAGUUUGGUGCAGCAGAAGUCCUGCACGCCACGCCACCUUCAGAGCACAGGAAAGGACAGGACAGACGUCGCGCGCUGGUCAGCGCCGUACGCCAGCAGCUGAAGAAGGCCAACUUCCAGAACUUCACCUCUUUGCUGCAAGCAUUCAGACACUAUGAUAAGAAAGGCCAGGGACGUAUAGAUAAGGAGGACCUACGGGAUGUGUGCCGCGAGUUUAACCUGGACCUCAGCGCAGACAUCCUGGACGACCUUAUCGACUACUGCGACGUUGAUAAAGAUGGGCUAAUUAACUUCCUGGAAUUUGCAAAUUUUCUCAGUUGGAAGGACAAAAUGCCGAUCAGUCAAGAGGAGCAAAGGAUUUUGACAAGAGAGCGGAAGCCCAGCACGGUCUCGGUUAUCAGCAUGAGAGCCGGGGAGCAGGAAGCAGACACAGAGAAACAGGCUGGAACUGAAAGUCUGGCCAAGAGUGGAGACCUGGAACCUGUGAAGGUGGGGAGCGUCCUGAAAACCCCGAAAACACUGCGCAGAACUCGAGCAGAGCCAGAGCGCUUCAUCACCUCAUCCUCUGCCAUCUGCGGCAUCGUGGGUGAGCUGGCUGUUAACGAUUAUCGGACAUAUGGCGUUCCAUCAGUGCGUACAGAUUUGGCUGCCCCGCGUAUCAAACGUGUCAGUGACCGAACAAACUACGGUGAAGAGGGCACGGUGUAUGAACUGCUGUCUCCUACGCUGUACUCGCUGUUCGGGGUGCAUGAGAGACAUUUGUUCUGCCCACGCACCAAGGACGAGAUGGAGCAGAUUUUCCGGAACGCUGGCCUGUGUAUUCCCGAUCAGAUGUUUGAGGAGGUCUGGAGCUUGGCUUCCAAGAGUCACCCAGCCGGAGAAGUGUGUGUGGAGAGUUUUCGAAACGUUCUCAGUGAGCUACAGGCAAAUUAAAAAAGAAUGCGUAUUGUUCAGUAUUGUAUUGUUUCUCUUAGCAUCGCACUGUUAAAUUUGAAAUUCUAUGUCCAGUUAAGAUGAUAAAUAACAAUAUUACAUUAUAUUAAUAUUGAUAAUAUUAGUAAUAUUACAUAUUACUUAUUGACCUACCUCUCUGCCACUGUGUUGCUGUAUGUUACACAUAGCUCCUCAGUUUCUGAGUUGUUCAAAUUGGUCAUUUAUAUAAUAGUAUAAUAAUUAACCAUUGGCCCAGUAUCUAAGAUGUAGUUAUUUCUCAGCUUUUGUUGCUUGCUAAGGGGCUUUUCUGUAUUCAGAAGCCUAAAGAUUACUGUAGUGUCUUGUGCUCAGGUACACAUAUAUACAUAAUGGCAUAUUUAGCUCAGAAAAAAUUAAUAAAAAACUUCCUGCAUAUCAAAAAUUCAGACAAACUAGUUUUGUUCGGAUUGGUUUCACGAUGCGUCUUUCGAGCUUGGUCAUGCCUGGACAUAAUAUGUCAAAGCAGAGGGGAAAAAUAAUUGAAAAUAAAUUCAAAAUGGCAGAAAAUCCAAUAUGGUAGAAAUUAACAUGGUGGUAUUCGUUAAAUUCGGCAUUACUCAAAGAAUCAGAUAAAAGUGGAAUCGUUUCUGCGGCAUUGCGUUGUUGCUUUGUUAUAGUAGACAUAUGUACAAAAUUGUGCUAUUGUUGGCAUUAGAGCGCUUGAGUCUCAUGCACCAAAACUGCUUUGAGGGUAGCUGGGACUGUCCUCUAUCACUGUGUCAAAAUUCAUAAAAAGCAUAUUAAGCAUUCUGUAGGCUGCCAUUGACUACCCUGUAGAAGCAAAAUAACCUUUGGUGCUUGGCCCCCUAAAAAACAAACAAAUAAAUACAUGAAUAAUUCCUGCCUAAUUGAGAUAUUUAAAAAUCCAUCCUUUGUAAAACUGAUGAGAAAACAUCUCUGAUGUAUGCAUGUCAUCCAAUUUCCAAAAAAAAAAAAAAAAAAAAAGCCGGUUAUAAGAUGUUAUUCUUUAUCCAUUAUUUGUCUUGGAGCAACAGAAUUAUAAGAUUGAGCAGAAUUCAUUAACUUGUUUUAAAUAUGUUAGUAGGAUUAUGAUUUUUUUUCAGCAGUAAUUGAGUUUGUGUGGGGAUUUUCUUCAUGUGUGUGCAAACAGGUCUUAAUAUGAUUACCAGAGUGGAUAUCAUUUCAGUUUAAAUGAACAUGUUAAUACCAUAUUAGCCAAUUAAUCGUGAAAUCAUCGAAUAAGAGAACAAUCCGCAGGAAAAUGAGGGGCACGCUGCUGCCGAUGUGCACUAAUACGCCAUUUUACACCCUUUUGGAUUAGGGCUCAUUUUUAUUUUAUUAAUCUUCUUAAUAUAAAAAAAACCACAAACUAAUUUGUGUAUAUGUGUAAUAAUAACACCAUUGGACACUGUAUCAGAAAUCCUCCAGUGUGUGUGAAUGCGCUGUUAGGCAUUAAUUUCACACACAGGCCCGGAUUUAAGACAGUAUAAAUGAGAAGCGGAUUAAUGGAAUAAAAUUACUGGAAUAAAUAUUUGUGAAAAGAAGCAAUGACUGAAAAAUUGUGUUUCAUGUCGCAAAAAUAUGCUUUUGAAGGUUAUUAAUCAUCACGUACACAUCUACUGGAUGUCUACACAUCUUUAUCUGACACAUUAGAGAGCAAAAUGUUCAAGGCUGUUAUACCACAGCACUGCUCAAUUCUCAAAUCUGAUUGGUCAGAAGGUGUUGAUUAAUUUUCUAUAACAGCAGCUCUGACAGUAGUGCAGCUGCAAAUAUAUAUUUGCAGGUUUAUAUAUGUUUAUGUACCAUUUAUGGAAGGAGUCUCCAGUGUUAGGGCUUUGUAACAGAAAGUUUUCUAUGAUGGGAAAGUCUACAGGACAGAUUUAUGUUUCUUUUUUAAUUUUUUUUUUCUUCUGCUUCUCUAUGUACAAGAUCUACAAUAUACAUCUAAAUAUUUUUUAUUAUGCACUGCAAAAAAGGAUAUCUUAGCAAAUGAAAACAUCUUGAAUGUAGGUAAAUUUAUUAUGAGAUUAUUAUAAUUCUGUUAAAAUUUUUACAUUCUUUUACUCGUUUCAAGCUUUAAAUUUCCUUUGUCUGCAUAUGAUUUUGCAUCUUUCUAAAAAUAAAUGCUUAAAAUAAAAAAGAAAAUUAUCUGCCAAAAGAACAACACAGUUUCAA